GAUACGUCUAAAAGGUGUUAUUUCUAGGAUGAUCCAUUAGUGGCUAUAUAAACCGGUUCAGCUUCCUUUCCAUCGCAUGAGCUUUAGGACAAUAAUCUCUGGACUGAGGCCAUGAGUCGCAGCUUUCUUCCCUACUCAGCUUUCGCCCUCGUCGGCAUCGCUAUGGCCGAGCCAUUUUUGGCUCUCAACAGCGACUUUCCCGAUCCCAGUCUCAUAGAAACUUCCAGUGGAUACUAUGCAUUUGGUACAAGCGGCAACGGUGUUAAUGCUCAGGUCGCUACUUCGCCCGAUUUCAAUACCUGGACGCUGCUUUCCGGCACAGAUGCUCUACCAGGGCCAUUCCCUUCAUGGGUAGCUUCUUCUCCAACCGUUUGGGCACCCGAUGUCCUGGUCUUGGGUGAUGGAAGCUAUGUCAUGUACUUUUCAGCAGCAGCGGCGAGCGACUCGGGCAAGCACUGCGUUGGUGCUGCAACCGCAACCUCACCGGAAGGCCCUUAUGCCCCGGUUGAUAGCGUUCUAGCCUGCCCACUGGACCAAGGAGGUGCCAUUGACGCUAACGGAUUUAUUGACAGCGACGGCACGAUAUAUGUCGUAUACAAGGUCGAUGGAAACAGCCUUGAUGGCGAUGGUACAACACAUUCUACCCCUAUCAUGCUCCAGAAAUUGGAGUCAGAUGGAACAACUCCAACUGGCGACCCGGUCCAACUCAUCGACCGCUCCGAUCUCGAUGGACCUUUGAUCGAGGCCCCCAGUUUGCUUCUCUCCAAUGGCAUUUUUUAUCUCAGUUUCUCUUCAAACUGGUAUAACACUGAGUACUAUGACACUUCAUACGCCUAUGCGACGUCGAUUACUGGUCCUUGGACCAAGCAAUCCGCUCCUUACGCCCCCCUGCUAGUUACUGGAACAGGUACCAGCAACGAUGGCUCAUUGAGCGCUCCCGGGGGUGCUGAUUUCUCCACAGAUGGCACGAAAAUUUUGUUCCACGCAAACCUCAAUGGACAAGACAUCUCAGGUGGACGCGCAUUAUUCGCUGCUUCAAUUUCCGAGGCCAACGAUGUUGUCACAUUGCAAUAA